AUGAGACUAUAUAACCCGCUUCCUGCUGCAGGAGCCCCCAUUAAGGACCAGGAGGAUCUCUUGUAUGGGUUGAAGAAGCUGAGGCUGUUACCUGUAGACAUGAGGGUCAAAACGACCAUGAAUAGACACUGCUUUCUCCAAGGACUUGCUUUUUUCCUCUUCAGUGUUCUAGCAACUGCUCGAGACCGUGAACAGCUACGCCUGGUGGAUGGGGACCAUUCUUGUGCUGGCAGAGUGGAGAUCUUUCACCAGGGCUCCUGGGGCACCAUCUGUGAUGAUGUCUGGGGCCUGAAUGAUGCCCAGGUGGUGUGCAGACAGCUGGGCUGUGGAGAAGCCCUCGAUGCCAUGGGCUCUUCUCACUUUGGGGAGGGAUCAGGCCAGAUCUGGCUGGAUGACGUGGAAUGCACAGGAAAGGAGUCCCACGUGUGGAAGUGCCCUUCCCGUGGCUGGGGAAAGCACGACUGCUGGCACAAGGAGGACGCAGGGGUCAUCUGCUCAGGAUUUGUGCGUCUGUUUGGAGGGGGUGGACCCUGCUCAGGGAGAGUAGAAGUGCAUUCUGGAAGAGACUGGAUUCCAGUGUCUGAUGCGAACUUUACAUUCCUCAAUGCCCAGGUCAUCUGUGCAGAUCUGGGGUGUGGCAAAGCUGUGUCUGUUUUGGGAAAUGUGCCUAUCAGAGAAUCAGAUGGGCAGGUCUGGGCUGAAGAGUUCUGGUGUGAGGGGCAAGAGCCUGAGUUCAGGACCUGCCCCAGGGUGCCUUGUCCAGGAGGCACUUGCCAGCACAGUGGGACUGUUCAAGUUAUCUGUUCAGCAUACACACAAGUGCAGCUCAUAAAAAAGGGCACUUCUCAGUGUGAGGGACAAGUGGAAAUGAAUAUUUCUGGAAAAUGGAGAACGCUCUGUGCCUCCCACUGGAAUAUGGCCAAUGCCAAUGUUGUCUGUCGUCAGCUUGGCUGUGGAGUUGCCGUCUCGACCCCAAAAGGAGCAUAUUUUGUGGAAAGGGAUGAUCAGCUCUGGAAAGCCCAAUUUCACUGCUCAGGGGCUGAGUCCUUCUUGUGGAAUUGCCCUAUGACUGCCUUGGGCAUGCCUGAGUGUAUCCAUGGAAACACAGCCUCUGUGAUCUGCUCAGGGAAGCAGACCCAGGUGCUGCCCGAGUGUGACUCUGUGUCUGAACCGGCAGGCUCUGAAGCCUCAGAGGAGAGCACCGCCAGCUGCUCAGAGUUCCAGGCCCUCAGGAUGGUGAGCGAGGACCAGGAGUGUGCUGGGUGGCUGGAAGUUUUCUACAACAGGACCUGGGGCAGUGUCUGCCACAGCCCCAUGGAAGCCAUGACCUUGUCCAUGAUCUGCAGACACCUUGGCUGUGGGGACAGUGGGACCCUUGAAUCUUCUGUUGAUUUUAGGGAAGGUUCUAGACCCCGGUGGGUGGAUGGAAUCCGGUGUCGGAAAACUGAUAUGUCUCUCUGGCAAUGUCCUUCUGACCCUUGGAAAUACAGUUCAUGCAAUCCAAGAGAUGAAGCUUAUAUCACGUGUGCAGGAAGGAGACCCAAGAGCUGUCCCACUGCUGCCCCCUGCACAGACAAAGACAAGCUCCGACUCAGGGAUGGAGACACCCAGUGCUCAGGGAGAGUGGAGGUUUGGCACAGUGGCUCCUGGGGCACAGUGUGUGAUGACUCCUGGAGCCUGGCAGAGGCAGAGGUGGUGUGUCAGCAGCUGGGCUGUGGCUCUGCCCUGGAAGCCCUGCAGGAGGCAGCGUUUGGCCCAGGAAGUGGACGCAUCUGGCUGGAUGAGGUGCAGUGCAGGGGCAGGGAGUCCUCCCUGUGGGCCUGUGCUGCGGAGCCCUGGGGGCAGAGCAACUGCAAGCAUGAGGAGGAUGCUGGAGUGAGGUGUUCUGGUAAGAGGACAACAGUUCCCCCCAUCCAUCGAAGCACCACUUCAGGCUCAGUUCCUGCCCCUGGCAUCUUCUCCCUGCCUGAGACCCUCUGUAUCAUACUGGGGGCUCUUCUCUUCCUGGCCCUUAUCAUCCUGGGGAUUCAGCUACACAGAUGGAGAGCAGAGCAAAAAGCCUUAUCUGUUUUUGAAGAUCCUCCUGAUGAAGCCUUGUACCAAGAGAUUGAUUACUUUGUAAAACUAGAGGAGGACCAGUUGGACAGCUCAGGUAACCUGUCUGAUGACUCUGUGACUAAGCUGCCGUAUUAUACAGGAAACAAUGAGGAGAAUGGAGACUCUGGAUCUGCCCCAAAGACUCCAAGACAACAUGUCUAUGCCACAGGAAAUUAUUAUGAUGAUAUUGAAGAGUUACCUGUUCCAAAAAUUUCUGGGAUGAAUGAGAAUUAUUCUUUCCCUAAAGAGGGAGGUGGUGCCGGGUAUCCCCAAAGAGGCAUCUCUCUGCAGCCUUCUAGAGAAGCUGUCAACUCUAGCAUGGAAGAUAAAGCAUCCUCAUUGGUCCUGAGACAAGAAGACCCUGGGUAUGAUAAUGUUGAGCUUAGUACCAUGUAG